UAACCAAUUCGUUAUCUUUAGCAAAAAGAUGGUAACUGUCAAAGUUAGCAACGUUUCUCUUGAAGCAGCAGAAAGAGAUCUCAAGGAGUUCUUCUCUUUUUCCGGCGAUAUUGCUUACCUCGAAACACAAAGCGAGAAUGAUGGUUAUAAAUUAGCAUAUGUCACAUUCAAGGAUUUACAAGGAGCUGAAACCGCAGUUCUUCUUACCGGAUCGACGAUUGUUGAUUCAUCGGUUACGGUUACAAUGUCACCAGAUUAUCAACUACCUCCUGAGGCUUUAGCUUCCAUUGAAUCAUUGAAAGAGAGCAAUAAAUCAUCAUCACCUUCUCGCGAAGAUGUAUCGGUAUUUAGAAAAGCUGAAGAUGUUGUAAGUGGUAUGAUUUCAAAAGGGUUUAUUCUAGGUAAAGACGCGAUAGCUAAAGCGAAGAGCCUUGAUGAGAAGCAUCAGUUGACAUCAACAGCUUCAGCUAGAGUCACAUCUUUCGACAAAAGAAUCGGAUUCACGGAGAAAAUUAACACCGGGACAACGGUUGUGAGCGAAAAAGUUAAAGAAGUUGAUCAGAAGUUUCAAGUCACAGAGAAAACUAAAUCUGCAAUAGCUGCAGCUGAGCAGACAGUGACUAAUGCUGGUUCGGCUAUAAUGAAAAACCGGUAUGUUUUAACCGGUGCCACGUGGGUUACCGGUGCGUUUAACAAAGUGACUAAAGCUGCUGAAGAAGUUGGACAAAAGGCGAAAGAGAAAGUUGGUAUGGUUGAGGAAGAAGACGAAGAGAAGAAGAAAGUGGUUGAUGAAGUUGCUAGUAUCCAUCUGACUGAAUCACCAGAGGCUUUAGACAAAUCAGAACAAGAAUCAAAACUCUCUGAAUCGCAAACGCAAGCGCAACCACAGCCACAGAAGGAGCUUAGUCCAAGUGUUGCUUCAGCUCAAUCUUGAAAUACAUAUAAGGAACUCUCAAUCUUGAAAUACAUAUAAGGAACUUUC